CAGCAGCAAGCUCAGGACAGCGUUGUGGCAGAUCAUCCGUCCUUUUCGUCUUCCUUUUUUAUUUUUUAAUCUAAAUAAAAAGGAGGCGCUUCGUCAAUAUGUCAUUGUCUAUGCCUGGACCUUCCCAGGCGGGUCUUUUCAAGCCUGGAUAUCAAAGCCAUGAUGCCGAAGAUGGCGCCGUCAUUCGUAACAUCGAAGCCUGCCAGGCUAUCUCGCAGACCGUUCAAACGUCGCUCGGUCCCUAUGGCCGCAACAAAAUCGUCAUCAAUCACUUGCAGAAGAUGGUUCUUACGUCGGAUGCCGCAACAAUCCUGCGCGAACUGGAAGUUGUGCACCCCGCCGCCAAACUACUUGUGAUGUCGAGUCAGCAGCAGGAUGCGGAGAUGGGAGACGGAACCAACAUGGUUAUCAUCCUUGCCGGUGAAUUGCUGAAGAAGGCCGAAGAGUUGCUGCGGAUGGGUUUGAAGACAAGUGAUAUUGUGCAGGGUUACGAGAAGGCACAGAACUUUGCUUUGAAGACAUUAGAAGAUCUCGAGGUCGACCGUUUGAAGGAACUCCGCUCCCAGGAAGAACUUAGCAAGGCCCUCCGUACAGUCGUUGCCAGCAAGCAGUCCGGAACAGAGGAUAUCUUGGCCGGAUUGGUUGCAGAGGCAGUCCUCGCAGUCCUGCCUAAGAACCCGGUUAACUUUAACGUCGACAAUGUCCGCGUUGUCAAGAUUAUGGGUGGUAGCUUGGAGCAGUCUCGCGUGAUUAAGGGUAUGGUCUUUGGCAGAGAACCGGAUGGUACCGUCAAGAAGGCCAGCAAGGCCAAGGUCGGUGUCUUCAGCUGCCCCAUCGAUACCUCCCAGACCGAGACCAAGGGAACAGUCCUGUUGAAGAACGCCGAUGAGAUGCUUAACUUCACCAAGGGUGAGGAGGAGCGCCUUGAGGCCGCCAUUAAGGAGCUCUACGAUUCUGGAAUCCGCGUCGUUGUUGCUGGUGCCACCGUCGGUGACCUGGCCAUGCAUUACCUCAACCGUUUUAACAUCCUCGUCGUCAAGAUUCUCUCCAAGUUCGAGCUCCGCCGACUCUGCCGUGUCGUUGGUGCCACCCCUCUCGCACGCCUGGGUGCCCCCAUGCCCGACGAGAUGGGUAGCGUUGACGUUGUCGAGACUACUGAGAUUGGUGGUGACCGUGUUACCGUUUUCCGCCAGGAGGACAACAACACCGUGACGCGCACGGCCACUAUUGUCCUGCGCGGAGCGACCCAGAACCACUUGGAUGACGUUGAGCGUGCCAUUGACGAUGGAGUCAACGUUGUCAAGGCUGUUACCAAGGACCCCCGUCUUGUUCCCGGUGCUGGCGCUACUGAGAUCCAGCUUGUUGAGAGAAUCUCUGCUUUCGCAGACAAGACCCCUGGUCUGCCCCAACAUGCCAUUCGCAAGUACGCAGAGGCUUUCGAGGUCAUCCCGCGCACUCUCGCCGAGUCCGCUGGUCUGGAUGCCACCGAAGUUCUUUCUCGCCUUUACACUGCACACCACCGCACAAACAAGGAGGAAGAGGGAAGCAGCUCCGAGGAAGAGCCAUACUGGACUACUGGUGUCGACCUGGAAGUGGGUUCUUCUGCUGGCACUCUCGAUGCCGUGGAUGAAGGCAUUCUUGACCUGAUUGCCUCCAAGAGCUGGGCCAUCCGACUUGCAAGUGAGGCCGCCCGGACAGUGCUCAGUGUUGACCAGAUUAUUGUGGCCCGACAGGCGGGUGGACCCAAGCCCCCGGGUCCCAACCCGAACUGGGAUGACGAUUAGAUGAUACGAUAGGGAGCAUUGUAUGUCGAACAAGGCAAAAUUUCACAAUUUGAGAGAUGAUAUCAUGAAAGUCCUUCGACCAGAGAAUCUGGGAGUGUGUAUAUGCCAUGUGGGAGUAGCAGUAAUACUGACUGUCAUCUAUGCAUGAGGGUUCAGAGUAGUAGUGCGAGAAAAAAGCUUUUGGAUCCUCUUCUAGAUUAAUGCUCUUGAAUCCUUAUUAUAUUUAAUUAUUACCAUUAUUGCUCCUAGUAUUUAUUAAUUUUGAUUCUUCUCGAUGACAGUUG